GCCUGAGAAACAAUGCAUGCAGCACAAUGGAAUCACUGUCUGUGUAUCACGGGGCCAUCAGCCGAGAGACGUGCGAGAUGCGUCUGUGUGAAGCGGGCAAAGACGGCAGCUAUUUAAUUCGAGACAGUGAGAGCAUUCCUGGCGCAUACUGCCUCUGCGUUCUGUGUAAUGGUUUCGUCUACACAUACCGGCUCCAGAGAGACACGGCGGGCUCCUGGGCGGCCGAGACAGCACCAGGUCAAACUAAACGCUUGUUCCGAAAAGUCAAGAAUUUGAUCAGCGCCUUUGAGAAACCGGACCAGGGCAUCGCCGUUCCUCUCCUCUACCCUGUGACCGUCCAGAAGCUCUGCUAGAAUGAUCCUCAUGACCAGCCGCUGUAAACCUACACAACAAACUAAGCAUGUGGACAGUCUCACUCGUUUUUACACAUGUGGAUUCCUGUACAUAUAAAAGGAUUUGUAUAUAAGGAAAAACAAAAACCUAAUUUUGCAAAGUUUAAUGUGGGGAAAUGAGAAAGCCUCAUCUAAAUUGUUUUAAUACUGAGAUCAGUAGUCAACAAAUAUGAGUUUUAAUCCUAUUCUCAAAUUAUUAACCCUGUCCUAAACAUGUGGUUAUUUAGGUGUAUUAUCAUUACCAAACUGACCAAUAAAGCGCUGCAUUAUUUCAUUCUCGUCUCAUCAAGAUGGGACUUUUUAAAGCAUAAUUUUUAUUUGGAAAUUAUUAGAUAAAUCAAUAAAUUCUGGUAAUAUCAAAUGUUUUUGUGUUGCAUUUUAACAGCUAUUAUAGGUUAAUGACAAUAAUUCUCUUUCAAAACAUGUUUUGCGCUGUAUAUAAAAUGUGUUAUGGUUCAAGUAGUCUGCUCUUGUAGCUGUAAAUAUGAAGUUUUUAGCUCUGGCUGAUUUUAAAUCAUAAUUUUGACUACCCCUGACCACAUUACAUGAACAUGAUUAUUUGCAUGGACAGAGCAAGAACAUAAAGUGUUAAGUGUUUCAAAUGCAUGCGUUGCCCUCUUUAACACUGUUAAACUAAAUGC